GGCGGUUUAGUGCUGGUUUAGUGCUAGUUCACUAGGUAUGAACUAAUGAUCGAUUUGAGACAGACCCAUAGUGAAGUGAGCUCUGUUUUCUUCUAGGCGUCAGACUCCGCCCACUCACACAGUCACUCCUGGCAGAAGGAAAUUACUUUUUUUCCCCUUUUGAUUUUCCCCAGGAAAUCACAUGGAGGUGCAGAUGUACUCACAUGACAGUGUGAGAGAUGGAAGGGGAGCUCAAUGAAGGAUCAGUCCCUCUGUAUUACAGGGAAGUGCAUCAAGCUGUGAGUAGUAGGACGGAUGAACGGGUGUCAAUCGAUGUGUUCCAAAGACUCCUCAACAGGACUGAUCUCUCAGUCACCGUACAGAACCAGAUAACAGAGCAUGUAGAUAACGGAGAUGGUUUUCUAAGCAAGGUGUCUCUCUAUAAAGCCCUGGCGCUGAUUGCCCUUGCUCAACAAGGCAAGCAGCCGAGCCCCAAACUCUUGGAGAACUGCAUACAAGAGUUCCCUAAACCCCAGCUGGGAGACCCAAAGGAGCUGCAGGCGCUGAGAAUACAGCCAGCUCAGGAGAACCCCCUUCUCAUAUCUCUGUCUCUGGCCAACCUGCUGGGCAAGGACACUAUAAAGGUGGAGCUCAUCCCUGAGAAGAAAGGCCUGUUCCUCAAACAUGUGGAGUAUCAGGUCACCAGCGAGCGCUUCAAAAUUUCCGUCUAUCGGCGUUACAGCGACUUUGAUGUCUUCCAUGAGCUUUUGCUACAGAGGUAUGCCUACAGAAUCGUGCCUGCCCUACCACCCAAAAGAGUGCUUAAAGGAGUAUUGAACUCAAUGUCGGAGAGAGAGUUCAUUGAAGGACGGCGGCGUGGUUUGGGCAGGUUUUUGAACCUCGUAGCAAGACAUCCCUUUUUCUCGGAGGACGAGCUUGUUAAAAUAUUUCUCACAUUCAAUGGCUCGGAUGUCCAAACAAAGCUACGUGAUGCUUUCAAGAAAAUGGGAGACGAGUUUAUGACAUAUACAUAUGCAACACAAGCCAAGGAAUACCUCCCUCCGGACAUCCAGGCCUUGUUUACUACGUGCCGAGAGCUGAUCAGAAACAUCCACAACAGCUUUCAGAAACUGCGGGACCGAGCAGAGAGAAUGGCAGAGCGUUCAAAGGAGAACUCCACCGAUCUGCUCAUGUUUGGGAAGGAGCUUAAUACAUUGGGUUGUGACCCCUCACCCCUGCCUACCCUGGACUCCUCUAAGAGCAUGUGGGCUGAUUUGAGACUCUCUCUCCGCGGCCUUUCCUCUGAAUUCUCCCUGUUAUCAGACAAAGCUGCCCAACAGGGAAAAAGAGAAGAGGAUGACGUGGUGGAAAAACUGAACUUCUUCCUGGAUUUGCUGCAGUCGUACAGGGACUUGUGUGAGCGUCACGAGAAGGGCAUUCUGCAUGAGCACCAGAAGGCCCUUCAGAAGUACAGUGUGAUGAAGAGACAGAUGAUGAGUGCAGCUGUGCAGCCAAAAGAACAGGUGUCUGUGGAGCAGCUGGAGUCCCGCAUCGUCCAGGAGAAUGCAAUCCAGACGAUGGAGCUACGAAACUACUUUUCCCUGUUCUGUGUGCAUCAGGAAAGCCAGCUGAUCUUUGCCUACCUCCCCAUCACCUCACACAUCCUAGGGGCCUUCGUCAAUUCACAAGUACAGAGUCACAGAGAGAUGGGCCAAGUUUGGAACAAUCUUCACUCCAAGCUGAGCGGACUUUUUGCAGCCAGUAAUGGAUGUCAGUCUCCUCCUCUCACGCCAAAAUAGCCUAGACGUGGUGCUUAGAGAAGGGGGAAAUGGAAACGCUGGGCUGCCAGAAGCGCUUCAGGCAAUUUUCUUUCCUUUAUGUAUCCUACAAAACACUACCAUGCAUGAUGGUAACUUGUUGGUUCUUACUUUGUGCUCAUUUCUACGCAGAAGCGUACUGAUCUUUUAUUAUCAGUACUUCAUGCUGAACUUGAUGGCAAAAUGACACCAACAUAUUUUGUAUGAAAUGAUCAUCUUUGUAAGGUAACUUAAAUGAAAAGCAUUUUGCUCUUUUUUUUUUUUAUUAUUUAGUCAUUAUUAAGCUAAGGAUAUAAUUUUAAGGAUAACACUUCAUUUUGUAACAAGUUUACCACCAGGGGAUGGCAGUAUUGCUGCAAAGAGGUUUUUUUUUUUUUUUUUAAACCUGUGUCCACAAAGGUGCAGGUUAUUGCUCCAUGUAGUGCAAAACUUUUGACGGGAAAAAAAUUAGUAAUAGUGGCAUAGUGUCAAGAUUACUACUAUAAUCUUUUCCUUGCUAAACAAACCAGAGCUUCGAGCAGCUCUAAUUUUUUUUUUUUUCCAUAGUUGCAACGUCUGAGCCCAAAUCUAGAAUAUGUGUACUCAAAGUGUGCAUUGAUAAUCUGCAUAGCAGAAGAGGAACUGACAUCUGAAGAACAUACCAAAGAUUGUUUCAGAUGUUUUCUUAAAGCAUAAUGAAAUGUCUAAAUUCCUAGAUUAGUACAUCUCAGGUGAAAAUAUGAAGUAAAAUGAAAGAAAAAAGAUUGAUAUUAAAUGUUUAUUAACUUAAAGCAGAGAAUAAAGAUAUUCUAUACCAGUAUUUUUGCCUGUAUAUUAUCUAACAGACCGUGUGUGCCAUGCAUGCCUCUCUUAUUAUCCAGUAUCCUGAUUCAUUCAUCGAAGCCAUGCUUUAUACAAAAAUUUACAUUUUGUAUAAAUUCAGUAUCUAAUUCUUUUGUGCAUGAGAACUAUUUUGGAUCAUUUUGUGUAUUAAUUAAGUUUUUGCAAACAGUUCAUAACUUUUAUUUGCUUGAUGGAUCUAGCAUGUGCCAUAGUUUGCCCUCUGCUGGCAUUAUGGGCAAAUUACAACUUUAAGUUCUUAUUGAAUGAAUGUGUUGGACAUGUGCUCACAUUUUCUCGGCUGCCUCUGUUUUUGCCCUUGUGUUGUUAUAUGUACAUUUUUGCUAAUCAGCAAUAAAGCAAGAGAUUUAAGCAUGA